AUAGCUUCUAUUUAAAAUUAGUAGACUUUGCCUGUAAUAAAGUCAGACUAACCGAUUGAUUAAACCUUUAAAAAUGAAUGAUAUGCAAAGCGAUUUUGUUAAAUAUCCUUUUUUCGAUUACCGAUAUUAUAAUAAAUUUGGAAAUUUUUGUCCAUGGCAAUUAGAUGGUAUUGCACCAAUCGCUCGUUAUAUAAAUAGUCAUCUAAAGAAAAGAUCAAAAACUGAGACAACAACAAAUAGAACGAAACCAGAUUAUUUGUCUUUUACAUUCUGGAUUAAAACACAUGUAGAAGAGAAAUUUUACGAUGUGACAAAAAAUGAAAGAUACAAGUUUGAUCAUUUUGACUGCUAUUUGAAACCGAUUAAUUAUGGAAACUCGUCUUACGUUAGUCAACUAACUUUAGUGCACCCUAUUACAAAAACGGAACUAGUAAACACUAAAAGAUGCUUAGUAGUCGUCGAUACCGUCAAUAAAAGACCUAUUCCUUUACCUGCACACCUGAGAGAGAAAUUUGAUAAAGCUGGAGUACCAUCCAUUCCAAACAACAAAAUUCAUAGAUUACAACCUCCAUCUAAAGUAUUCGAAAUGAAAGUUGAAGUACCAUCAUCAUCUAUAGACAUCUAUCAGCAUAUGAAUUACGUUGAAUAUUCCAGAUUGUGCUUCGAUUGUGCUUCUUUUGCAGUUCAGAAAGGGUUUUAUAAAUUUUUCAAGCACGAUAUCGAUCACUAUCAUCUAAGAGAUACUUUAAGACUGCAUAGUGAUGAAGCAAAAAUGGGUGAUUUAUUAAAAGUUAUAACAUGGCAAGAGCAAACAAGACCUGAAAUGAUAUAUUUUUUAAUCUUUAAAAAUGAUGAAAAACAAGCCAUCUUUGAGUUUACUUGUAUCUUUUAUAAGCAUUCAAUGACCUUGCCAAAGCUAUGAACUAAUUUUAAAAGGAAAAUUUGUCUUUAACAGUUUUUCAAUAAGAUCAAAGAUAAUAUAUUUUCAUAUCCAUAGGAAUUGAUUGUGAUUGAUUAUCAUCUUUCUAUCUUUUUCUUGCCAUUAUACAUUAUUAUUUGUCAAAUUUGAAUAAAAAAUAGACUAUGGUAGUAUCUAAAAAUUUCUUCAGAUUCUACCAAAAGCAUGUUUAUAACUAUCAAAUAG